UAGUGUAUGAUUAAAUUAUGUCCUCGGGAAAUUUUAAAUCCUCUGUAUGAAUCUGGUGCCACAACUCCUUCCGAAGACAGACCACCAGUAAGUCGAAGUUAUCAAGAAUAUGACACAGAUCCUAAACAAUAUCCCAUUACACAACCAAUGCUGAAAAAAGAAGGGAUGAUACAAUGCGCUGGUGAGGCUGAAUAUAGCGAUGACACCCCCAGUAUCAAAGACGAAGUUUUUGCUGCACUUGUACUUUCUACCAUAGCCAAAGGAGAUAUUGAAUCAAUAGAUGGCUCUGAAGCUUUAAAACUCGACGGGGUUAUUGCAAUGUAUACUUCAGCAGAUAUUCCAGGGGUUAAUAGUAUAGUUCGUAGUGAUUUUAGAUUAUUUUAUGAAAACGAGGAGUUUUUAGCCAGUGAAAAGAUUCGGUUUUAUAAUCAACCUGUGGCUAUUAUAGUUGCUACCACUCAAAUGUUGGCUGAUCAAGCGACGUAUUUGGUGAAGGUCAAUUAUAAGAAUGUUUCGAAGAAACCUCUGAUUUUUACAAUAGAAGAUGCUAUAAAAGCACCGAAAGAGGAAAAAAGAUUAGUUCCUUAUGAAGGUAUUAUGCCUACAAAUAGAGGAGCUAAUGUAUUCAAAGUAAUCGAAGGAAAAUUCAUCAGCCCUCGACAAUAUCACCACAUGAUGGAACUCCAUAAUACAUUAACUAUUCCAGUGGAUGAUAGAUUAGAAGUCAUAUCAUCUACGCAGUAUAUGGACAUGACUCAAGCUUCUAUCGCUCAGCUACUGAAUAAACCAGAACAUUCGAUCAUAAUUAAAACAAGAAGAUGCGGCGGGGCUUUUGGUUCUAAAAUUGGUAGACAUAGUUUUACUUCAUGUGCUACAGCGCUUGUAGCAUUGAAGCUCAAUAAACCCUGUCGUUUGUCCAUGCAUUUAAGAGAUAUAAUGCGUGCUAUAGGAAAGAGACCUAAUACCAGAUUAGACUAUAAGGUUGGUUGA